UUUAUUUUAUUUUAUUUUCACUCUGCUGAAAGAUCACCGGUACGUCAUCCAAACUCUCCCUCCCUCUGUCUCUCUCUCUCUCCCUCUAUCUCCCUGGGAGCUAGGGCUUCCUGUUCUCACCGGCGAUGACGACGUCGUUCGGAGGAGCGAACACCUUCAUUCCGACGGACGGGAAGGUCCAAAUGCAGAGGUCUCUCGGAUCGAGGUCCUCUUAUUCACUUCUCUUUAACACUCGCAUUCGCGUCUUCUCCGCCUCUCCUUCCGGUUCUCCCGUCAUCAGAGCUGUGUCGACGCCGGUCAAGCCAGAUACUUCCACUGAGGCUAAGCGCAGCAAAGUAGAAAUUUUUAAAGAACAUAGUAACUUCAUUAGAUACCCUCUUAACGAGGAACUGUUAACAGAUGCCCCAAAUAUAAAUGAGGCUGCCACACAAUUGAUUAAGUUCCAUGGAAGCUAUCAACAGUACAACAGGGAUGAGCGUGGUUCAAGGUCUUACUCGUUUAUGCUUCGUACUAAGAAUCCUUCCGGAAAGGUUUCCAAUCAACUCUACUUGGCCAUGGAUGAUCUUGCUGAUCAGUUUGGAAUUGGAACUCUCCGUUUAACUACUAGACAAACAUUUCAGCUCCAUGGAGUUUUGAAGAAGGACCUCAAGACAGUAAUGAGUACCAUCAUUAGAACUAUGGGUUCAACUCUUGGUGCAUGUGGUGAUCUCAACAGAAAUGUUCUUGCUCCAGCAGCACCACUUGCUCAAAAAGAUUACCUUUUUGCACAGAAAACUGCAGAGAACAUUGCUGCACUCCUAACUCCUCAGUCUGGUUUUUAUUAUGAUAUGUGGGUGGAUGGAGAGAAAAUUAUGUCCGUAGAGCCUCCUGAAGUAGUGAAGGCCCGGAAUGAUAAUUCUUAUGGGACAAAUUUCCCUGAUUCACCAGAGCCUAUUUAUGGAACUCAGUUCCUGCCAAGGAAAUUCAAAAUUGCAGUUACAGUGCCAACUGAUAACUCGGUGGACAUUUUCACAAAUGACAUUGGGGUGGUGGUUGUUUCUGAUGAUAACGGGGAGCCUCAGGGUUUCAACAUUUAUGUUGGUGGUGGUAUGGGAAGAACGCACAGGGUGGAAGCUACAUUUCCUCGUCUGGCAGAGCCAUUGGGUUAUGUGCCAAAGGAAAACAUACUGUAUGCAGUGAAAGCUAUUGUUGUCGCACAACGAGAAAAUGGGAGAAGGGAUGACCGUAAGUAUAGUAGACUGAAAUACUUGAUCAGCUCAUGGGGAAUUGAGAAGUUCAGAACUGUUGUUGAGCAGUACUAUGGAAAGAAGUUUGAGCCUUGCCAUGAAUUACCCGAGUGGGAAUUUAAAAGUUAUUUGGGAUGGCAUGAUCAGGGUGAUGGUGGUUUAUUUUGUGGGCUCCAUGUUGAUAAUGGCCGUAUUAAGGGGAUGAUGAAGAAGACGUUAAGGGAAAUCGUUGAGAAGUAUAACUUGAAUGUGCGUAUCACGCCAAACCAGAACAUUAUCUUGUGCAAUAUUCGUCGUGCAUGGAGGCGUCCUAUUGCCACUGCCCUUGCGCAGGGAGGUCUGCUGCACCCUAGGUACAUAGAUCCUCUUAACUUAACGGCAAUGGCAUGCCCAGCUUUUCCACUCUGCCCUCUGGCAAUAACUGAAGCUGAACGUGGAAUACCUGACAUCCUUAAGCGCAUUCGUGGUGUACUUGAGAAGGUUGGUCUCAAGUAUAAUGAAUCAAUAGUGAUAAGGAUAACUGGUUGCCCCAACGGCUGCGCUAGGCCUUACGUGGCCGAACUUGGAUUGGUUGGUGAUGGUCCCAAUAGCUAUCAGAUUUGGCUUGGUGGGACACCAAAUCAAACAUCGCUGGCAAAAUGCUUUAUGAACAAGGUUAAGGUUCAGGAGCUUGAGAAGGUUUUUGAACCUUUAUUUUAUUAUUGGAAGCGGAAGCGGCACGCAAAAGAAUCUUUUGGUGAAUUCUCAACCCGCAUGGGUUUUGACAAACUCCAGGAAUUGGUUGACAAGUGGGAAGGUCCAGUGGCGUCCUCGUCUCUAUGCAACCUAAAACUCUUUGCUGAUAGAGAAACGUAUGAGGCCAUGGAUGAACUUGCAAGGCUUCAAAAUAAGAAUGCCCAUCAAUUAGCCAUGGAAGUCAUUCGCAAUUAUGUCACUUCCCAACAAACUGGCCAAAACCAAUAAACCAAUCUGAAAUUUAUUUCAUUUUUGCUAAUGGGUGGAAGCGAAGCGAGAGCGUGAAUUCAGAGUCUCUCUACUGUUAGUUAUGUAAGAUCUUUUUGUACCCUUCUUUCGCUGAGUGUUUCAUUCUAGCAAGACUAGAUUUUUGUCUUAUUUUCUUAAGUUGUGAAGGAUUUCCUUGGUGUUCAUGUUAAUUUUUUGAUUUGGAACCCUUGCCAACUGCUUUGUGUUUUCAAUUUGAAUAUAUGACAUUUUAUUGGAAUAUCA